GUGGUAAACGUUAAAUUAAAAACAUUAAAACGUGAGUGUGAUCACUAACUCUUGCACUUGCAUCCACUCAACUGAAACCCACCACAUUACAUUAUGUUUGUUUUGUUAGAUUGAUUGUUGAUGAUGACGAUGACGACGACGACCAAGAAGGAUGGUGAUAUGGUAAGGUAAUGGCCAAAGUCAGAGGUGGACCUCCUCUCCUCCCUUCAUGGCUUGGCAAGCGUGCGCCACCUUAUCCCCUGCGGCGCACGUUAGCCUCUCCUCUCUCUCCCUCUUCUCUCUCCUCCCACCUAAGCGGUGGUGGCCUCCUCAUCCUUCUAGAUCUCCUUUUCAGCCGCACACCCCUCCAUCUCUCACCCACCCACCACCCACCUUCCCUGGCUCCUUUAUCCCGUCUCUCUCUCUCUCUCUCUCUCUUUCUCUUCCAUGUCUCUUCGCCUUUUUUCUCUCUCCUCCUUUAUCGUCUUGCUAUCCUGCGCCGCCGCCCCUCUUCUGUCUGAUCUGAAUCCCUGACGUUGUUGUUUCGUUGAGUUGUUUCUUAAUUUUGGUUACCAUGGCUUCACCUUCUUCGCCGGUGGAUUCUACCCCUCCUCCUGAUCCUCCCUCCGCCGUGCCUCUUCCCGUCCCGGCUCCACCAUCGUCACGCCGCCUUCCGCCGCCGUGCUGGUCACAUGACGAGACUGUGGCUUUAAUCGAUGCGUAUCGUGACAAGUGGUAUUCCCUUGGUCGGGGUAAUCUGAAGGCUACUCAUUGGCAGGAGGUUGCCGAUGCGGUUACGGGUCGUUGUCCGAAUGCGUCUCCGCCGAAAACCGCCGUCCAGUGCCGCCACAAGAUGGAGAAGCUCCGUAAGCGGUACCGCACAGAGAUCCAGCGUGCCCGGUCUACGCCCGUUGCCCGAUUCAAUUCGUCUUGGGUCCAUUUCAAGCGCAUGGAUUGUAUGGAGAAAGGUCCUUCCCCGGUCAAACCUGAGAACAAUUCUGAUAGCCCUGAUGAGAUUGACCACGAUGAUGACGAUGACGAUCAAGAUUUGUACGAGGAAUUUAAGAAUCCUGGUGGGUCUAACACCAGGAGCUUGAAUAAAUUGUAUAGAAACGGAACUGGCGGUGGUUCUGACGGUGGCGUCAGCGGUGGCGCGUUUCGCAUUCGGAUUCCUACUGGGGUGAGCAUAGCACAACCUGGGACCAAGUUUUACGGGAAGCUUGCUGAUCAGAAAUUUAACUCAAAUUCGAACUCCGCCGCACCUGGCUCUACUUGCAGCCCCAGUUACGGCACAAGGAUUUUGAAAGAGAGAAGCGGAUUGGGGAAGAGGGAGAGAGAGAGGGAUCCAGUGGGAGAGAUGGUGACUGCAAUUAAGGUUUUGGGAGAUGGGUUUGUGAGGAUGGAGCAGAUGAAGAUGGAGAUGGCGAGGGAGAUUGAAACCAUGAGGAUGGACAUGGAAAUGAAACGUACUGAGAUGAUUUUGGAGUCUCAACAACGAAUUGUAGAGGCAUUCGCCAAGGCAGUUUCAGAGAAGAAGAAGAAGAAGGCUAAGAGAAUGCCAUCACCUUCAGAACCAUAGAUACUUGUUGGGUAUACUUCUUAACCUUGUAGAGUAAUGGAGCUAGUUCAGGAGGCCAAUAAGUUAUCUCUCAGGACUAAGAUAUGUGAGUUCUGUAGUUCAGAUUUUGCUUUGCUUAGAUAUUUUUUUUUUUUUUGGGGGGGGGGGGUUGUCUGCCUCAUUUUGUAAGUUAAGGAGAAUUGGAACACCAUAUCAGUUUUAGGUUGACAGUGGAUGAAUGUAGCUUUGCUGUGAAUUUUCUGGUGGCUAUCAUGUCUGUGUCUAUUUAUUUCAAGCCAAAUGAUUCAGAUCAGAGAACAGAGUUGUUUUUUAAUAUAAGAGUCUCUGGCUAAUUUCAUGUAUCUGCUUACGUUGUGAGCAAUAAUUCAAUGAAAUGAAUUAGAAUUCCAGCAA